AUGGACUAUUAUGGAACAGAGAAGGAUGAAGAAAAGCUUUAUAUUUUUCUAGAGCUUGUAAUUCAUGGCACCGUUGAAGAAGCUUACAAGAGUUGUCCUUUCAAGGAACACCAAGUUUCUCAAGACACUCGACAGAUAUUGCUAGGUCUGAAGUAUCUUCAUAGCUGUAAUGUGAUUUAUAGAGAUCUUAAAUGUGCAAACAUAUUGGUGAAUGAGUUCGGAAAGAUAAGACUUGCUGAUUUUGGUUUGUCUAGAUUUAUAGAAGAUGCUAAUCCUUUGAAGCCUGGCUCGAGAAGCACAUUAUGGAUGGCUCAGGAAGUCGCUAAUCCUAAAAGUGCUGGGUAUGAUUUUCGAGCUGAUACAUGGAGCAUUGGAUGCCCUGUGGUGGAAAUGGUGACCCGAAAGUAUCCACAAUAUAACGCCAAGAAUGCUGUGGGCUUGGAACUUGCAAUUAGAAAGGGCAAAGGACCUAUUAUUCCCGAUUCUCUCUCACAUCAUUUAAAGGACUUCAUCAAUAAAUGCCUGCAGCCAGAUCCAAAAGACCGUCCAACUGCUGCCGAGCUUUUAGCUCAUCCUUUCGUGAAUGAAUCAUCUUGCACGCAACCUGAUCUUAUCGAAUUGCUGUCUGGUGAACGUGCAUUGAUCAUAAAACCCUAG